GAAGUGGAAAUUUCAUCACAGACUCGGAAGUGGUGAAAGGGACAUGCACUUGGGAGUUCUGAGUUCACUGCAGGGCAGAGUCGGAACACAGCUGAUCAAGGUGCAGUCAGUUCUUUGCCCUUCUCGUUUAUGGGCUGGAGGAGAUUGCUUUUACUCAAACAACGCAAAGAAACUCCUUGUGUUUCCCUUGCUGUGAUCAGCUGAGAGAUCUAAACUGAGGCUAGCAUGGGUUUAAGUGUUGGUAACUUUUUCUGUGCUUUCUUUGUAGUAGUCCUUAUAUCAAUAUUGGAGAAAUAAGUACCUUGCUUGCUUUUUGUGCCUCCCUCUGAACCUUGCCUACACAAUGGCAGUAGAAAGUAUUCUCCAAAGCUGUCUUGAAGCAAAUCUGAAAUUAGUUAAGGUUAGUGAGCAGUUGACUGGCUUCAACCAUGAAUUUUGGUAAGUAACUUUCCUUUAGUUAUAGCUCUUUAUUGAAGGAAAUAAAAUGAAUUUAGGGGUAGUCUACCUAGACUGUAGUUGUGGAAUGCAUAACUUUUCAUUUGAUUGUGCUGUGUUCCAGAAACUAAGAGAAUAAGAGACAGAGCUGGGUACGCUGUAAAAUGUAAAGGUCAUUUCUGUUUGUGCCUAAUGGCAUUUGUUGUGUUUGUUGUUACCGAAGUAGGCACUGUAAGAAGAAAGCUGCUGAUGGCCUCUGCAGCCCGUUGUGAGGCCUGGUCCAAACCUGUUGCAUUCAGCAAAAUGCCAACAAUAUCACAGAAAGGCAAUUUCUGCAUCCCUGUCUUAAUCCAGUGUCAGAGCCCCAGGUAAAGGUGCUUGUUUAUCACACAGCCUGAAGCCGCACUCGGCAGCUCUGAGCUGGAACCAGAGAGGACAUUCCCUGUCAGCUGGAAGAACAAAGCAUGUGUGUGAACACACGUUACGAAGGAUCACACCAUUUCUUUUACUGAGGUGUAUGUUAAUUUCUCUGUUCUUUGUGAGUGUGAUUCUGGGAUCUGUUAUAAAGAACUACUCUGACAGGGCUGAGGAUCACUCAUUUGUGGGUGGCUUUAACAGUAUAAAUGACAACAAAAUACUUCAGCAGUAGCUGGGGUAGAUGCUCACUUUGGAAAUGAUGAGCAGGGAAGAUUCUAGUAAGCCUUUAAGAAGUCGUCUAGGGAAGGCAGUAUCUUGGGAGAAGAUGUCACAUUCCUGUCCAUGAUGGCUUUCUCCCUGUUAUUCUUUGAGACAGUUUCAAGACAGUCGUGAGGUGUUGCUGGGCAUGUUUCAAAGCAGCUCAUGGUGCAAACAUCAAACCCAGGCUUGGAAGAAAAUGCUGCAGCCAAGAAUCAGAAACUUCCAGCCAGCUGCACUGGAGUUAAGGACUUUGGGGCCUGCCUGGGUAACACAGACAACUUCUGUCCUACCAGUAUUUCUUGCCAGUGUAAAAAUGAAAAACCUUUCUGCAGAUGUGAUUACUACAGAGUGGACUGGCAGGAAUAUUGGUACAUGGGCCCCAAAUGUAAUCACCGUUGGAACACUCUAGAUUUCAUUUUAGUAGCUACUCUUCCUGCAGUAGCACUGGUUAUCAUAGCUGUUGUAAUAUUCUACUGUGUCUACCGCUGCAAAAGCAAAAAGGCUGGGAACCAGAUGAAUUCUCCAUACCGAGAAGCACACCAGAACCAUGCGUUUACUCCUGAAACAGCUGGAAACUUGGGGCACGGUUACCAGCAGUCACCAAGGGAUGUCUGGGUUGAAGGAAUUCCAAAACCCGUCCUGAGAAGGCAAGACUUGGAUGAUGUCCUAAGCCUGAAUCAAGCAGAGAACUGCAGCCCCGUGCAUCUUCAGCCAUUAAGCAGACCAGAUGCAGCAACAGGCUAUUUUUCUAACCAGCGACAUCCAUCAGAGAGAUUUGGCUAUCCAAGUGCUAAUCUGCCUUAUGCAGAUUAUGCAGCAGGGAGACAGUAUCAGAAAUACUAAGUACCAGUGCUUCUUAUAUCUGAAACGUUGUGUAAUGCUGCAUGAUCAAUGGACAAUCCAAAUGCUGAGAGAUCAGUAAGACCCUGUGGGCUGGGACACAGAGGAAAUAACCAUAACUAUUAGAAAGCACUAAAAAUGAUUGCAAAGAAAAGGCAUGGAAGAUAACUGGAGUCUGCUUUGUUUACUGUGUAACUGUUGACAACUUUUUGUGCACACCUGUUACACAAGUGCUUCUAGGUGUUGCUUAACUUGUUGCACACCUACUCGGACACGGGGUUCUGCUGUUACUAACCGUAUGUCCUGGGCCUAAAUGAUGUGAAAUACCUGUCACAAAAAGCUGCCCUUAUGCAGAAGAAACUCAUGGGAAUUCUUCUCAAAUUACAGCAUGAGAAAUGACAAACACACACGUUAAUCAUCAUUCUUCCUUGUUUGCCUCCCAGGAUGGUUAACCUGUAUCAGAAGGAAAGGGGUUGUGUGCGUUUGUAUUUCUCAGGAAGGCUUGUCAAAGGCAGCUUUUGCCAAGUACAGUUUUUGUUUCCUGGUGUCCAUUUGGCUCACCUGUUUAUUUGGGAUGUUUGUUCCACUCAGUGUCAUGAUCCCCCUCUGCAUGCUGGUGAGCUGUGAUUCCAAAUGGAUGCUCUUCGUAGGACCAUGAAUUUCUCUUAACUGUAACUAUGAUGGUUGCAGCAUGCAGAGCCUAUGCAUGUACCAGCUGUACCUUGAUUGACAGUGAUUUGGUUUUCCCCUUAAAGAGCCAGUGUUUAACAAAAGAAAACAACAAAUCAGACACAGUUUUGACCCGUGUAGCAAGAUCUUAAUCCUUGUUACACUGAUCACCUGCAGAAUGAGGUGGAAGGUGAGGCUCUGUUCUUGGGCAUAGCCAUGGAGUUUCACUGACACCGGCAGCACUGCACAAAUGUGACAGAAGUACUGGCUAAUGCAGCAACCUCAGCCUCUAAGCCCAUUCACUUGUCCCUUGAUUCUUUUUCACUUUGUCUUCCUUUGUUAUCUUGUUGAUCCUUACAGAAAUGGUUUGCCUUAAAAAAUGCAGUGGCUUUGUCUGUAACCUCUUUUUGUAACUAAUGCCAAUAAAUGAAGCUAUGGAACAGCGCUACCUUCAACACUAACAAACAAAUUAAAGAUACUGAAGUCCUGGAUAUACGUUAUCCAUUUUCCCAAAA